UCGGAUUGCCCGUUCGCAUACUUUUUCAGUGCGUGUAUCAAUGUGUGCGCACACAAUUAUACAUGCGUCGCGGCUGCCACCUGCGGAAUAACGCGCACGGAAUUCGCAGUGCGUGCGUUCUCCAUAUCGUGAGCUGUAAAAGGAUACAAUUCCGUAAGUGAAUUGUUGACACACGUGCGAGAGGGUGCACGACCGAUAGGAAACUCGUGAUAGGACGACGAUAAUGUUGGGAAAAUGCAUUUUCACGUGAUAGUCUCGUACAAAAUGUCAUUCUGCAAACGCCUGACAAUAAUUUAAACGCGUAAAUUGCGUGUAUGUGUCCUUUCGUGUUAAAUUGUGUCACAUGUGUGUAUCUGCUCCUGAUUUAUUUCGAAUAUAGUUCUGUCGCAAAGAAUCCCACGGGAACAUCAGGAAGUAACAAUCGUUAGAACAAUUAUGUGAGAGUGAGGCCACAUAUCCAAAAAAAGUUUAACUCCAUUUUGAAUACCUUAACGUGAGGUUGCUGGGGAUUUUUGGAGACUCCGAUAUUACUCUCCAAACUGGCGCUUUGUCUAAAAUUACGAAAGAAAAACGGUCAGAAUAGCGGCAAGGCGUCAAAGAAGAAGAGAAACGAAAAGAUAGUUGGCACCAUAGUACAUACGUGAUAACGUGUGCGUGUGAAUGGAAAAAAUAGACUUACGCAGGACCACAAAGACGCACGAGAGAGAACGGAGCGGGACAAGGUGGCGGCUCUGCUAACUCAUCAACUUCCGGCGGUAGCGGCGGAAGAAAAAUGUCGAGCGUCGGGGACAGUCCUGACAGAAUGGCUCUGCAAUCGCACUACUCCUUACGAUGGCACAAUCAUCUCACCCACAUACAGCGGGCGUUCGAGGAGUUGUUGCAAGCCGAGAUGCUCGUCGACGUGACCCUGAUCUGCGCUGACAGCAGCGUCAAGGCACACAAAGUUGUCCUCAGCGCCUGCAGUCCUUUCUUCGAGAGGAUAUUCGCUGAAAAUCCGUGCAAGCACCCCGUGAUCGUGCUGAAGGACUUCUCGCACCAUGAAUUGUCCACUUUGGUGCACUUUAUAUAUCGUGGUGAGGUGCAAAUCGCUCAGGAGGAGUUACCGGGGCUGAUGAAGGCCGCAGAGUGUCUGCAGGUGCGUGGAUUGUCGUCAUCGGAGCCGAGGCCGGUGUCGACGGAACCCAGGCCGUUGUCGUUGGCGUCAACGCCGACGCGCGAUCUCAUUCUGGCUGGAUCACCAACACCAGAAGUCGCACGACACGGCACACCGGAAGAUGAUGAAAACGCGUUGGAGAGUACAGCGGAGAUGAAACCUAUCCUGCUUCCACCAACGAGGGACCAUCAGGCCAAGUCGCACAUUGGCCACAUGAACUUUGGUAUCCGCGAGAGUUGCGGCUCGCCGUCAAUGCCACGUCGGAAACAGGCGCGUCCGCGCCGACGAUCCGGCGAAUUGCUACCGCAAGAUCUGAGCAGACGCUCGACCCCACCGGUCAGUUCGAGUCCAUUGACGAGCGUUCUUAAUCUCAGCGGUCAACACCAGGUGCAGCAGCAGCAACAGCAGCAGCAGCAGCAGCAACAGCAGCAGCAGCAGCAGCUACUACUGCAGCAAUCUCAAUAUCAUCAACAACAAUCGAUUAACAACGUACAGAAUCAGCAGCAGCAGCAGCAGCAGCAGCAAGAAGACAUGGCGGAGAAUCUCUCGAUGAAGAAACCUAUAUCGCCGAGCGGAUUAGAUCAGCAUCAUGUGAAGACAGAAGGCAGUGAAGCGACGAGCAGUCCUCGCGGCUCGCCGCUCACUGGAACGAGUCUACUACAUCAUCCGGAUCCUGUAUCAGACAUCCCGGCGGCCGUAGCAGCAGCUGUAGCGGCAACUGUAGCAUUGUCGCUACCGACAAUGCCGACGUUAUCGUUGUCGCAACCGCAUCCUCCCGAGUACCUGACAAGCCUCAGCCAAUGGCUGCCCGGGCAUCCUCAAAGUCAACUGCCGCCGCCGCCGCCGGCUCAAAGUCACCAUCCACGCGAAGACAGUCCGCAUGGUUCCAGCAGAUCUCAUCCGUAUCAACAGCAGCAACAAGAAUCAGCUUUGCCGCGACGUAGCGCUAUGGCGAUGUUUACACCGACAUUAGACGGCGUGACAGCUCUAGGUGGCGGACUUUUCUCGCAUCACGCUACCACAUAUGACAGAGGUAUCCUCGCGGAUUCGCUGCUUACGGAUAAUUUCAAGCCAGAAGCGCUCCAAAAUCUCUUUGGUACUCCCAGUCUCGGUCCUGCGCCCGCUAAAAAGACAAAAAAACAUCGUAAUGAUGGUGACACGCCACGUAGAUGGACCGAUCACAACACUCGAGCUCUCGCGGUUAAUAGGCCCAAAGGGCAACACAGCGCUCCGCGAGGUGGACCACCACGAUCCUGGACGAAUAACGAACUUACAUUAGCUCUGCAACAUGUUUGGGAAAAAAAGCUGACCACGUCGCAGGCUAGUCGUAUGUUUGGUAUUCCCUAUAAUAGCUUGCUAAUGUAUGUGCGUGGUAAAUACGGGAAGAGUCUAAAGCUUGAGCAAUUACGUAGGACUUGUACCGGCACCAAUAACUCUGAAAUCAUGAAUAACAAUAACAUCAAGCCCGUCCAGCAGUCCGCGCAGAUGAGCCACGGGCUCACCGGUCUGCCGCUGCAGCAUCCGGGGGACAACAGCGGCUAUCCCCAUCGCGGUCUACUCGGCGGCAACAUGCCGCAGCCACAGGGCUACUAUCCCGCCGAUUAUGCCACCGCGUCUUUUCCCCUGGUGAAUAUGGUGCAUAUGUUACCUCCGAGCGAGCAGAAGGCCUUUGAAUCGUCCGCGAAUCCGGGCGGCGAUGGGGGCGGGGGUGGGUGCGUAGGAAGUGGGGUAGGGGAUGGGAGCGGCAGCAGUGGAGGUGGUGGCGACCUGACGAACUCCCAGACCAGCGAGACACCAUCCCCCAUCGUUGACCACCAUCAUCACCAGGAGUCGUCGAUGCAGUCGCAACCAGCGCAAUCGACGCCCGCGUUGCUACAGCAAAACGGUUCUGAUUAG